ACAGUCUACAUUUGGCGCAUGUUUAUGGUUGUUUGUCUGAUUUGCAAGAACAAAACUUGUUUUAGUGUUAGAAUUGACAUUGGGGUUUUUUUUGACCAAACAUUGACACGAUGUCUGCUAAUAUUCAAGUCAUUACUCCAAAAUAUGUUACUCUCACCAUAACGAGUGUAGCAAAUAUGUUUGGCACAGAAAGACGUUUUGAAAAAGAUUUAACCAUUGCGCAAUUGAAGGGAAAGAUUGAAUUGCUAUCUGGAGCAUCAUCUAGCACCAUGAAGUUGAUAGUUUAUAACAAAGACAGGAAGAUGAUCUGUGCUCUUGACAAUGAUGACGCUCUCUUGGGAUCUUAUCCAGUUGAAAACGAUAUGACAGUACACAUUGAGAACAGUGGCCUACACAAAGGUGAAUUUGAGGACGUGUCAAAAGUGGAAAAAUUUGAAAUCUCACAAGAACAGUAUGAUAAAAGAACAGAUUCAGUUCGAGCUUUUAAAGAGCGGAACAAAAUAGGUAGAUUUAAUGAAGAAGAACUAGCUAUUAGAGAAGCACAAAGGAAAAAGAGAGAGGAAGAAGAAAGACAGAAGACUGAAAGUAUCAAAGUUGGAGACAGAUGUGAAGUGCGGAUUGUUGAACAGCCAACUAAAAGGGGAGUCGUUAAAUAUGUUGGUUUAACAGACUUCAAGCCUGGACACUGGAUAGGUGUUCAGUAUGAUGAGCCUCAUGGGAAGAAUGAUGGCAGUGUUAAUGGAAAGCAGUACUUUGAGUGCCCUAACAAAUAUGGUGCUUUUGUGAAACCUCAGUUUGUGGAGGUUGGUGACUUUCCUGAGGAAGACUUUGGACUGGGUGAUGAUGAGAUGUAGACUGUUGCGAGGUGGUGGACAGAGGUCACCAUGUUCACACCGACUGUGAUUUUAACUUUUAACAGCACUAAAUUAUGAUCCAGCUUUCAGUCCAGUUCAGCACCUUAAGUUUAAGGACGUGGCUGUCAUUGCUUUCUACUGCUUCAUUUAAUAUGAUUUAUGUGACUCAGAUGUAUAUUGAUUGCUUAUUUUUAUAUUUAUUUUUAUAUUUAGCAGAAAGAAACAGUUUAUUAACAUGUUUCUGCAGGUGAUUUUUUUUAUUAUGCAAUUUUUGUUUUAUGUAUUCUGUUAGAUCUGCCAUUUUGUUAUUUGCCAGAUAUCUUCUUGUGCGAUUGAACUUGAGAUUCUGGUUGAUGAGAAACCAAAUUCUACACAGAUAUUCCUAAUAAUAAGUGUAAAUUCUUGAAAUUAGGUUAUUACGACAUUUGCAUAAAUAUUUGUGUUCCCACAUCACAAGAAAAAAACAGUUACUACAGUCUAACCUGCACAAACGGCCAUCUUUAUUAAGCAGCCAGCUAUCACAAGACUCCAAUUUAUAAUUUAUUAUUACCCAAGAUGAAAAUUACGAAGUAUUAAACAGUCAACUACCAGUUAUGUUAUUCACAGUUAACAGAAUUUUUUUUAUACUCCCUUAGAUGACUGCUUAACAUAGUUUGACUGUAUUAAAAAGAAGCCUUUCUUUUGUGAUAAAUUAAAUUAAUGCACGUAAACAAGACCCUUGACCUCACAUCACCUUGAAAACAUAUAUAUUUGUUUUCAAGGUGAUGUGAAGUCAUGGUUCUUGUUUAGAAGGGGUGGGAUGUCGUUCAGUAGUCGAGUGUGAAUUGAUCACCAUCAAUGGACACAGUUCCCCUUUAUCAAAUACAUGGGUGAAGCAAAUUUCAUAGAUAUUUAAUUCUUAAUUAUUUAUUGUAAUAUCUUUGCUGCAUUAUUUUUAAGUGUUUAGAACCUGCUGAAUAUUUUAGUCUAGCAUUUGCUCUAUUACGUCUAAAUGUCUACACACUACUGAAUAUUUUAGUGUGGCAUUUGUGAACUGUGAGACUAAGUGACAAUAUCAGCUUAUAAAACCUUGACUCCAGUUUCUAAUAAUGACAUGAGACUUUAAUAUCAUGGCAAAGAUUUGAGUCUAGACUCAAAAGUUUUAUAAGCACAGGUUUAGAUUAGAAGUCUUGUUGAAGCUGUUUGUUUUGUACUGCAGUUAUUUUACAGAUAUUUAAUAAGUGAAACAUGUGUUUUUGUAUUUAAUUUAAAUUGUUUAAAUUUGACAGAUUUUAUUAGACUUAGCUUCAUAGUAUGAUUUUUCGAAUAAUUGGUACACUAGUUUACAUUAAUAAUUGGUAAUGGAAGGAAAUAUUUAGAAUUUUUAAAUUGUUACAGGUAUAAGAAUUUGAGGGAACCUUAAAUGGUUAAAAGCAAUGUCUAAAUUUGUAUUUAUUGUUCACCAUUUUAGGGCCUAAAAUGAUCAAUUUGUACCUCUCUGAUCUACCCAAUACCUGUCCUCGACAUUGGGGCGGGACGUAAUUUAUCUCUCUGAUCUACCCAAUACCUGUCCUCGACAUUGGGGCGGGACGUAAUUUAUCUCUCUGAUCUACCCAAUACCUGUCCUCGACAUUGGGGCGGGACGUAAUUUAUCUCUCUGAUCUACCCAAUACCUGUCCUCGACAUUGGGGCGGGACGUAAUUUAUCUCUCUGAUCUACCCAAUACCUGUCCUCGACAUUGGGGCGGGACGUAAUUUAUCUCUCUGAUCUAUCCAAUACCUGUCCUCGACAUUGGGGCGGGACGUAAUUUAUCUCUCUGAUCUACCCAAUACCUGUCCUCGACAUUGGGGCGGGACGUAAUUUAUCUCUCUGAUCUACCCAAUACCUGUCCUCGACAUUGGGGCGGGACGUAAUUUAUCUCUCUGAUCUACCCAAUACCUGUCCUCGACAUUGGGGCGGGACGUAAUUUAUCUCUCUGAUCUACCCAAUACCUGUCCUCGACAUUGGGGCGGGACGUAAUUUAUCUCUCUGAUCUACCCAAUACCUGUCUUCGACAUUGGGGCGGGACGUAAUUUAUCUCUCUGAUCUACCCAAUACCUGUCCUCGACAUUGGGGCGGGACGUAAUUUAUCUCUCUGAUCUACCCAAUACCUGUCCUCGACAUUGGGGCGGGACGUAAUUUAUCUCUCUGAUCUACCCAAUACCUGUCCUCGACAUUGGGGCGGGACGU